AUGUUUGCAAAUGUGAAUGAGUUUGUCAAAAUAUACAAGGAAGAAGAACAGUAUGUGAAAGUUGUUUUUAUAACAAUAGAAAAUCAUUUAGCUAUGUUGGUACAGAAUUUUAAAAAAUAUUUUCUUGAUGACGACAAAUUGGUAGCAAGUUACGAGUGGGUUAGGGAUUCAUUUCGAACUACUCUCGAAAGUCUCUCAGCUGCAGAAGAAGAAAUCUUCAUAGAAUUUACUGCAAGCGACGAAAUCCAGAGAGAAUUUAGUAAUAAAUCUCUUUUUGAAUUUUGGGCGGGAGUGGAUGAUGCUUUUUCUCCACUGAAAACAAGAACAUUUCGUAUAUUAUUGCUAUAUUAUUGCGAAGCCGGAUUUUCUGCAGUGGCUGCUUCAAAGACAAAAUAUAGGUCUCGACUGAUUAUAGACAAAGAACUAAGAGUGGCUAUUUGUAAUAAAAACCUUCUUUUGAAAAACUUUGCUAUCCGAGACAGGCCCGAGGUAGUUACUAAUAAUUAUUAA